AUGGACACGGAGGCUAGUCACUUAAGUAUUCCACAAGAACCUUGCUUGCCAGCAAAGAUGAAAGAAGUGGCUGCUGAAUUGACUGAAGUUCCGUCUCUUCCACAAGAACCUACCUUUGCAGAGCAGGUACCAGAUACUCUGACACAAGAACCUGCACUGGUAGCUAAGGGAAAUCGAGAGAUCCCACCAGAAGUGGUGAUCACACCACCAGUUGUUGCACCCAUUCCUCCAUCUCCAAAUCAAUUGCUUCGUGAGUCUAUUGAAAAUGACUACAACCGAGUGUUGCAGUGGCAAAAAUGGCACACAGCCCCCCUGGACACGUUCAUCGAAACUUUUGAAGCCAUGAAAGAUGAAGAAAAGUUUGCUCUAGAGUGGAUUGGCACGAAGGAUGUCAAUGAAGCACUGCGUCUUGAAACGAUAAGACGAGUGUUUUCUUACAAAAUGACCAAUCGCACUCUCGGAAAGGAUAAAGCUCCGAUUUGCAUUAAACUCAACAAACCUCCAUUGGACCCAGCAUUUGAAGAAGAAAUGAAGAUGGUUCGUUAUGCCAUAUUGAUAUCUAAAGUCAAAACCAUCCUGGAAAAAGAACAUCAAAAUGGUCCUAACUGCAACGUCAGUGGCUUGAAAGAUGAGCAAGGCCGAGAGAUUGAUACGGCCGAAGAAGAAGAUGAAAAAAGUAAUGAAAAAGAUGAAGGCAAAACUGACGAUGUCGAGGAUGCAGAUGAUGAGAACGAUGAUGAUGAUGAUGACAAUGAUGAUUCGGGUAAUGACGGCGAUAAUGGGGCUGACCCGACUUAUGACAGUGAAUCUCCUCUCUUGGUCGGUCCUGAUUACGACACUGUUCCCGAAAGAUCUCCAGCUCAAAAAUCACCCAACAGUGAUGACACAAGGGAAGCAUCACACCAAGAUGAAGACAUUUCAACUGAUCAUCCUGAGGAUAUGUCUCGAGCUCUCGUCCCACAUGUUCAACCCAUGGACGAGACUCCGAUAAAAUGA